GUUUGUCAAGUUUCUACACUGUUCGUAAACGUUUGCUUGAUGCAUUGUGAUUUUAUAUCAGUUUAUCAGUUUUGUAUAUAUUUUCAAUCGAAUGUUUAAAUAAUUGUUUAUUCUUCAUUAAGAGAUUGAAAAAAUAGAAGAGAUUAAAGUAAAAUGCCUGCACAAGAUAUUGCGGUUCCACAACCGCCAGCAACCGAAGGAGAAGAAAAUGCACCUUCGUCCCAACCAAUUGUAGGAAUUAUUUAUCCUCCUCCAGAAGUUAGAAAUAUCGUUGACAAAACUGCUAGCUUCGUAGCUAGAAAUGGACCGGAAUUUGAAUCAAGAAUUAGACAAAAUGAAUUAGGAAAUGCAAAAUUUAAUUUCUUGAAUUUUGGCGAUCCAUAUCAUGCAUAUUAUCAACACAAAGUUAAAGAAUUUAAAGAAGGUAAAGCUCAGGAACCGUCUAUGGGCUCAGGUGGAGGGAAAACUGUUAAUUUAACGGCACAUCAAAAGCAACAAGAAAUUUUAAAACAAGUAGAACAGCCCUUUGUUCCUAAAGAUCCACCUGCAGAAUUUGAAUUUAUCGCAGAUCCUCCUUCUAUUUCUGCAUUGGAUUUGGAUAUUGUGAAAUUAACAGCACAAUUUGUAGCACGUAAUGGACGUCAGUUUUUAACCAAUUUAAUGAAUAGAGAGCAACGUAAUUUUCAAUUUGAUUUUUUACGUCCUCAACAUUCAUUGUUUCAAUAUUUUACAAAACUUUUGGAACAAUAUACCAAAGUAUUAAUUCCACCUAAAGAUUUAUUACCACGAUUAAAAGAUGAAGUGUUUAAUAUGGAUAAGAUUUUAGAACAGGUUAAGUAUCGCGCUGAAUGGCUGAAAUAUCAAGAAGCUCAAAGACGUAAAGAGGAAGAAGAAUUAGAGCGAGAGAGAGUUGCUUAUGCGCAAAUUGAUUGGCAUGAUUUUGUUGUCGUUGAAACUGUAGAUUAUCAACAAUUUGAAGUUGGUAAUUUUCCAGCACCAACAACUCCCGAUGAAGUUGGAGCUAGGGUUCUUAUGCAGGAACGUAUUGAAGAAGGGGAAGAUGUUGAAAUGCAAAUUGACAGUGAUGGAGAAGAGGAGAUGCAAACUCGUACUGAAGGUGAAAAAGAUCGUGCUAAGGACAACAAUCAGGUACAAGAUAUGGAGGAGGAUUCAAGUGAUGACGAUGAUGUGUCUCCUCCAGGUGAUAGUCAUAAGUCCAAAGAAUCUAAAAUACGAGACGCAAGUAUGCAACCUCCACCAUUACCACCGACACCUGGAAACGUUGUAGUAAAGAAAGGAUAUGAUCCAAAACAACAUGCUGUUAAAGCUGCUCGUCCAGUUGCUCCGGAUGAAUAUUUGAUUUCACCGAUUACGGGAGAACGUAUACCUGCUAGUAAAGUGCAAGAACAUAUGAGAAUUGGUUUAUUAGAUCCACGUUGGGUUGAACAACGGGAUAAACAUCUAGAUAAAUUAGCGCAAGAAACGGUAUUUGCUCCGGGUACUGCGAUUGAGGCUAGUCUUAAGCAACUCGCUGAAAGACGUACUGAUAUAUUUGGUGUUGGUGACGAAGAAACUGCAAUCGGUAAAAAGAUCGGCGAAGAGGAUAAAAAGAAAGACGAUAAGGUUACAUGGGAUGGUCAUACAUCUAGCGUUGAAGCUGCUACAAGAGCAGCUCGAGCUAAUAUCACGUUAGAGGAACAAAUUCAUCAAAUACACAAGGUUAAGGGACUUCUUCCGGACGAAGAAAAGGAAAAGAUUGGACCAAAGCCUGCUAAUCGUGCUGCAGAACUUUCACAUAUGGCUGCUGUUGCCUCUAAGCCUCAAGCUACUUUAAAAGCACCACCCAAACCACCAGCUCCAAAACCAAUACCAGUACCAGCACAACCACCACCACCGCCAACUAUGAGUAUGCCUACAAUGGCAAUUCCACAACCAAUGAUGCCACAGGCACCGAUGAUGAUGAUGGCUCCUAUGCCACCAAUCAGACCACCGCCACUUAUGACACCAACUAUGUCACCAUUUAUGCCAACACCACCACCUAUGCAACCACCAAUGGCAUCAGCUAUUGGUAUCAAACAUACUGCAGAACCUAUGGAAGAAGAACCUCAGGCUAAGAAAUUGCGUUCUGAAGAUACAUUGAUUCCAGAACAAGCAUUCCUUGCAAGAAAUAAGGGUCCAGUACAAUUAAAUAUAGCUGUGCCUAUGAUGACCGAAAAGGCAGAAUGGAAAUUGAAUGGGCAGACGUUAAAUAUCACUCUGCAAUUAAGUGAUACUGUUGUAACUAUGAAAGCUUUGAUUCAUGAACAAACUGGUAUGCCACCGGGAAAACAAAAGUUACAAUACGAGGGAAUGUUCUUUAAAGAUGGUAAUACUCUUGCUUAUUAUAAUUUAUCAUCCGGAAAUGUUAUUAAUCUUCUUCCCAAGGAAAGAGGUGGUAGGAAGAAAUAAAUAAUGAUUUUUAUUAAUAACACGUACCUACCAACGAACCCGGAUUAUCUCCUGUAAAUGCAAUUAUCCUGCAACUCUCAUUGAAGCCAAAUCUUUCGACAAAGUAAGACGAUAUUGGACCGAUAUUGUUAUAGGAAGAGAUCGGUUUGCCCAAUUUUUUUCUUAAAUCAGGCGCACAGGUCUAUGAAAAUAAAGUAAAAAAAAAAAAAAAAAAAAAAAAAAA